GCCCUGGCCAGGCCUGGACGGCAGCAGCAACGUGCUGGCUGGACAGCUGCGGGGCGUCCCCGUGGCCGGCACCCUGGCCCACUCCUUCAUCACGUCCUUCUCAGGAGCCGAGGUGCCCCCUGAUCCGGUGCUGGCGCCGGCUGCUGGCCAGGGCCCCGGCAUGGACCUGCCCCGGCGCGUGCAGGUGUGGCUGGAGCGCGUGUGCGCCCACCUGGGGCUGGGCCCGCGGGAGCCGCAGCAGGGGGAGCGGGCGGCCUUCGUGGCCUACGCCCUGGCCUUUCCCCGGGCCUUCCAGGGCCUGCUGGACACCUACAGCGUGCACAGGAGUGGUCUCCCCAACUUCUUGGCGGUGGCCCUGGCGCUGGGGGAGCUGGGCUACCGGGCAGUGGGCGUGAGGCUGGACAGCGGCGACCUGCUCCGGCAGGCCCAGGAGGUCCGCGGCGUCUUCCGGGUGGCGCUGUCUGAGAAGCUGCAGGCGCUGGUGGGCAGACUGGGGGGCACCCCGCCGCCCUGA